UAAAAUACAAUAUCCACCGUAUCAUUCCCUCAUUUCGCCCAACUUCCUCCCUCAUUUGAUGCCAGGCAAGUAGGAGCGAGCGAGCAUCAUCCGAGACCCCUAGCCGAUCGCCACCGUGCCAAUGGCAACCCCGACCGUGGUGCUGCUGCCCGUCUGGGGCGUCGGCCACCUCAUGUCCAUGCUCGACGCCGGCAAGCGGCUGCUCGCCCGCAGCGGCGGCGCCCUGUCGCUCACGGUGCUCGUAAUGCAGGCGCCGACGGAGAGCUACAGGUCCGAGGUCGCCGGCCACAUACAGAGGGAGGAGGCCUCCGGCCUGGGCAUCCGCUUCCAGCACCUCCCCGCCGUCGAGCCCCCGACGGACCACGUGGGCGUCGAGGAGUUCGUCUCCCGGUUCGUGCAGCUCCACGCGGCGCAUGUGAGGGCGGCCAUCUCCGGCCUGACGUGCCCGGUGGCGGCGCUCGUCCUCGACUUCUUCGGCACCACCAUGCUCGACGUGUCCCGCGAGCUCGCUGUGCCGGCCUACGUCUACUUCACCGCCAGCGCCGCCAUGUACGCGCUCUUCCUGCGCCUGCCGGCGCUCCAGGAGGAGGUGGCCGUCGAGUUUGAGGAGAUGGAAGGCAUGGUCGACGUGCCCGGGCUGCCGCCGGUUCCGCCGGCGUCCCUCCCGUCGCCGGUGAUAGACAAGAAGCACCCGAAUUACGAAUGGUUCGUGUACCACGGCAGGCGCUUCAUGGAAGCCAAGGGCGUCAUCAUCAACACGGCGGCCGAGCUGGAGGCGAGCGUCCUUGCCGCCAUCGCCGACGGCCGGUGCACGCGCGGAGUCCCUGCCCCGACGGUCUACCCAGUAGGCCCCGUGCUCUCCCUGAGCCCGCCGGCGGAGCGGCCGCACGAGUGCGUGGUGUGGCUGGACGCGCAGCCCCCGGCGUCGGUGGUGCUCCUCUGCUUCGGCAGCGGAGGGUUCUCCGCCGCGCCGCAGGCGCACGAGGUAGCCCGCGGGCUGGAGCGCAGCGGGCACCGCUUCCUGUGGGUCCUCCGCGGCCCGCCGGCGGCCGGCGCGCGGCAGCCCUCGGACGCGAACCUGGAGGAGCUGCUCCCGGAGGGGUUCCUGGAGCGGACGGAGGGGAAGGGCAUGGUGUGGCCGACGAGGGCGCCGCAGAAGGAGAUACUGGCGCACGCCGCCGUGGGGGGCUUCGUGACGCACGGCGGAUGGAACUCGACCCUGGAGGCCCUGUGGUUCGGGGUGCCGAUGGUGCCGUGGCCGCGCUACGCCGAGCAGCACCUGAACGCCUUCACGCUGGUCGCAUACAUGGGCGUGGCCCUGGCCAUGGAGGUGGACAGGAAGAGGAGCAACUGGGUCGACGCGUCGGAGCUGGAGCGGGCCGUGAGGGCGCUCAUGGACGGCGACUCCGACGACGGGAGGAAGGUGAGGGAGAAGGCCGUGGCGAUGAAGAGCGCGUGCAGGAAGGCCGUCGCCGAGGGCGGGUCCUCUUACUGUGCAUUGGGGAGGCUCUCCGAGGAGAUGAUCAAUGGCACGAACAAGUAAUUGACGAACACGGAGAUGAACUUGUAGAGUGUGAGUGUUCCCGUCCAGAGUGUGGCUGCAUGUUGCGGCUCUUUCUCCAUUUCGAGUUCUCUCUCUUUGGGACUUGCGGGUGGCUUCUCUCCGCUUAUUUUUCCGUUCUUGUUCGUUCCAUUACCCUUUCUCCUGACCUGGUCUGGUAAUCAUGCCAACAUAUCGUUGACCUGUUCUGUUUCCCAAUAAAAUCACCUGCCAUUUGUUUGGUCUGA